AUGCAACGAUUGUGCAGCCUGUUGGCCCUCUCCAGCCUAUGCUGGGGCCUCAGCACCAGCCAGCAUGAGCCAGACCUUAUCACCUCUCUGCCUGGCCUGGCUGAUCUGCCCAACUUCAAGCAGUGGUCUGGCUACCUCCAAGCUGGUUCUGACAAAUACUUCCAUUACUGGUUUGUGGAGUCCCAGGGAAACCCUGAGUCUGACCCUUUGGUGCUGUGGUUGAAUGGAGGCCCUGGCUGCAGCUCUACAGAAGGCUUAUUGGCAGAGAAUGGCCCUUACAGGACAAAUGACGAUGGCUCCCUCUACAUGAAUCCCCAUAGUUGGAAUCUAGUGGCUAAUGUGCUGUACCUGGAGUCACCGGCAGGAGUGGGCUAUUCCUACUCCUCUAGCCAGAACUACAAAAUUAAUGAUCAGCAGGUGGCGGCUGACCAUUACCAGGCCUUACAGAGCUUCUUCACCAAAUUUCCCAGCUUUACCAGCAAUGACUUCUACGUAUUUGAAGAGAGCUAUGGUGAGGUCUACGUGCCCUCUCUCAGUGCUCAAACUGUUAAUGGUCCAGCCUCCAUCAACUUCAAGGGCUUUGGUGCAGGGAAUGGAAUGAACAACCAUCAACUCAAUGAUGAAACUCUCCUUGAGUUCAUAUACCAAGGCAUCAUUGGAGACAACCUCUGGAAAACCUUGAACACCUACUGCUGCUCCGAGGGCGCCUGCAACUUCUAUAACAGCACCCAAGACACCUGCUUCGAUUCGAUCCUGGAGACGUACAGAAUGAUCCAGGGGGUGGGCCUCAAUAUCUACAACCUCUACUCACCGUGUUGGGGGACUACGGGAUACCAGGAGCGCUAUGCCACUGACAUGAGCAACCUCUAUCGCAAAUACCAGUUCAACGCGGCAGUCCCGCCCCCAGGAGUCCCCAUCCCUGGAGUCCCCAGGUGCAUCAAUGCCACAGCUAUGUAUGUGUGGUUGAACCAGGACAACAUGAGGCAGGCCCUCCACAUUCCUGUAUUCUUCCCCAAUUGGGAACUUUGCAGCACCCAGGUGACUUCUCAAUACCAGAGGCAGUACAUGGACAUGGCUCCCUUCUACCAGGAGUUACUGCACAGCAACACCCGUAUGUUGGUGUACAAUGGAGACACUGAUGUGGCUUGCAACUUCUUGGGAGCAGAGAAGUUUGUGGAGCCCCUAUACCAGCCGGUGAUGACCCUCUACCAGCCUUGGUACUAUAAAAGGCAGGUUGCUGGAUUCUUCAAGGAAUAUGAGCAAAUCACCUUCCUCACUGUCAAGGGCGCUGGACACAUGGUUCCCCAGCACCGACCUGCUCAGGCUCUGAAGAUGUCUGAGUCUUUUCUCAGGAACACCACGUACCUGUGUUCUUCCCCUGCUGCUGAUACUUCUCAGUCUGCCAGUGCUAAUCUUGAGAUAGCAGACCUGGGGUCCUUGAAAAACUCCCACAAUUGAUAGUUCACCCAGCAAUCCUAGCUUAUCCAAAUGAACAAUCCUUUGCAAGUUGUCAAGGAUUGGAAAAGAUUUCAGUUUCUGCAAUAAAAAGUGAAGUUCCCAAA